AUGGCUCCCUCCCUCACCGAGCCUCUGUCCGCAGAGGUCCAGACACGGUUCGAGAUGCUCAUGAAACACGGCCACCAGGACAUUGUCCAGGCCGUCGCCUUCAACAGCUACGGCGACCGCUGCGCCACCGGCUCCGUCGACGGCAAGAUCCGCGUCUUCAACCGCCAUCGCGACGGCGUGUGGCGUCACUGUGACAAUUGGGGCGCCCACGGCGGGGAGAUCCUCGAGCUCCAAUGGCUCCCUCCGACCAUCUAUCCCAACCUGCUCGCCUCGCUCGGCAUCGAGGGCCGGUUCAAGCUCUGGGCCGAGGACCCCGCCGCCGCCCCCGGCCGGCGGUUCAGCCAGCGCGCAAAGGACAACGCCAAGGCCGCCUUCGAGACGCGCUCCAGCCGCUCCCCCUACCGAUCUUUCUCGAUGAAGCACAACGAGGAGACCAGGCACACGUACUUGGCCCUGCUCGCCUCGGACGGCACGCUGUCCGUCUUUGAGAACGAGCAGCCGGAGAACCUGGCCGAGUACACAAACAUGGACGAGCUGGCGGUGUGCGCCAAGCCCAGCCGCGGCGAGGAGACGAGCUUCCGCGUCUGCUUCGACCCGAACCCGGAGCCUUGCUACGCGGCGCUGCGGGCUGGCCUGCCGACCGACGCUCUGGGGCUCGUGGUCGCCGCCAUGGACUCGGUCAAGAUCUACAGGACGAGGGAGAUUACGACAUCGACGUACGGCAUGACCGGGUCCAGCAAGCAGUUCUACCUAGCGGCCGAGAUCUCGGGCCACAGAGGACUGGUCCGCGACGUCGCGUGGGCCCCGGGCAACAUCAGAGGCUACGACAUCGUUGCUACGGCCUGCCAGGACGGCUACGUCCGGGUCGUGCGGGUAGACACACCCUUUUCCCCCGACGACGACGGCAGGUCGUGGUCUAGCGAGGAUCUCGUCAGGGGCGGAAAGGACAAGGCCCACGCGCGCGACCACAGGUCGUCGUCGGCCGCCAACGGCCCCGCCGCGCAGCAGGCCUCCCCUGCGGCGUCGGGCAUCCGCGCCGAGAUCGAGAAGACGGAGACGCACGGCGACCGGCGGUACACCGGCCAGCCCGGCCAGGUCAAGCACGCGGUCAGGGAGAUCUCGAGGCUCGACAGCCACCGCACGCCCGUGUGGAGGGUCGGCUUCGACGACGACGGCCAGGUCCUGGGCAGCGUCGGCGACGAGGGCAAGCUCAUGUGCUACCGGCAGACGCCCGACGGCGUCUGGGCCAAGAGCGCGGAGCUCGCCAUGAUGAAGAUGAAGAUGGUAGCCCCCUGA